AUGCCACUGCACCAACCAACUUUAAUGGAACCGGUUCUCAGCAUCAGCAACAACAACAGUAAUAGCAAUGGCAAUGACAACGACAAUGACAAUGUCAACAGUGACUAUGAUGUCAUUGGCUGGUUUGAAGAUGUAUCCCAGAAAGCCGGUUCUGUUCAGACUCAGUUACUAUGCCAGAUUCUGAAGCAAAACUAUGGUGUGGAAUAUCUCAAGAAAUGGUUGGGGAACUACAACAUCCUAGAGAUGGACGCAUGUGCGUUGGAAUCCCUUUACACUUCUGUGGUUCCCCUUUCCUCACAUGUUGAUUUUGAGCCAUUUAUCCAAAGGAUUGCAGAUGGGGACACUAGUCCUUUAAUCACUCAACAACCCAUUACCACUCUUUCCUUAAGUUCUGGAACCACAGAGGGAAGGCAGAAGUUUGUACCAUUUACUCGCCAUAGUGCACAAACCACGCUUCAAAUAUUCACUUUAGCAGCAGCCUAUAGAUCAAGGGUCUAUCCCAUAAGAGAAGGAGGAAGGAUUCUUGAAUUCAUAUACAGCAGCAAUAGGUUCAAAACAAAAGGAGGUUUAACAGUAGGAACAGCCACGACACAUUACUAUGCAAGUGAAGAAUUCAAAAUCAAACAGCACAAAACAAAGUCAUUUACUUGCAGCCCUGAAGAUGUAAUCUCAGGUGGAGAUUAUAAACAAUCCACAUACUGCCACCUCAUUCUUGGCCUCUUCUUCUCUGAUCAAGUGGAGUUUAUCACCUCAGCUUUUGUCUAUAGCAUGGUGCAAGCUUUUCGUAGUUUUGAAGAACUUUGGAGGGAAAUAUGCAAUGACAUUAGAGAUGGAACUCUGAGUUCAAGAAUCAAAUCAACCAAAAUGAGAAGGGCUGUUUUGGACAUCAUCUCUCCAAACCCAAAUUUUGCUUCAAAAUUAGAAGCUGCUUGCAAGGAGCUAGAAGAGGUGGAUUGGUUUGGUUUGAUUCCCAAGCUUUGGCCUAAUGCUAAGUACCUUUAUUCCAUUAUGACAGGAUCUAUGCAACCAUACUUGAAAAAACUUAGGCAUUAUGCAAAUGGGUUGCCUUUAGUUAGUGCUGAUUAUGGCUCAACUGAGAGCUGGAUAGGGUUUAAUGUGGAUCCUAGUUUACCACCAGAGGAUGGAACAUUUGCUGUAGUUCCCACUUUCUCUUACUUUGAGUUCAUUCCACUUCACAGACAUAAACAAGAUUUCAGUUCAGUUGCUGAUGAUUUCAUGGAAGAUAAGCCAAUUCCAUUAUCCCAGAUUAAAGUUGGACAAGAGUACGAAAUAGUCCUCACAACUUUCACCGGGCUGUAUAGGUACAGAUUAGGAGAUGUGGUGGAAGUGGCUGGCUUUCAUAAUGGGACCCCAAAAUUGAAUUUUGUAUGCAGAAGAAAGCUAAUUCUGACAGUAAAUAUAGAUAAGAAUACAGAGAAGGACCUUCAAUUUGUGGUAGAGAAGGGUUCUCAGCUUCUGAAUAAGGCCAAAACUGAGCUAGUUGAUUUCACUAGCUAUGCAGAUGUCACAAACCAACCAGGGCACUAUGUAAUUUACUGGGAGAUCAAAGGGGAGGUUGAGGACAAGGUACUUGAUGAGUGUUGCAGAGAAAUGGACAUUUCUUUUGCUGAUCAAGGUUAUGUGGUGUCCAGAAAAACCAAUUCAAUAGGGCCCCUUGAGCUUUGCAUUGUGGAGAGAGGAACUUUCAAGAAAAUUUUGGACAACUUCAUAGCAAAUGGGGCAGCAUUGAGCCAAUUCAAGACCCCUAGGUGCACUAAUAACCAUGACCUCCUCAAAAUUCUUAACACAUGCACCACUAAAAAGUUUCUUAGCACAGCCUAUAGUUCAAAUCAACAAUAAUAUGAAUGAACAUUUAUUUUCUUUCAGAGUUUCAAAUUUUUGU